GACAACAGCCUGCGCACACAAGUCACCAUCGCACCGCGCCACACACACACACCGCACCGCUACGCAACACUCGCCUUCAAACCCCCGACCGACCAUGGUGAAGAGGGUACUAAGGACGACCACGCUGCCGCUGCUCCUGCUACCGCUGCUCCUGCCCCUGCCCGAUGAGACGGGCGCCCAGCGGGAGCCUCGCAGGAGGGCAGCGCCGGCAGCACCCAAGCCCCCUGGCAAGGGCGGCUGCUGCGAGGAGGUGCGCGCCCUCAAGGUGCAGCUGGCCAACGUGAGCAGCCAGCUGGAGGAGCUGGCGCGUAAGCAGGAGGAGGAGGUGCGGUCGCUGCUGCGCCAGGUGCUCGACCUCGAUCAGAAGAGUCGCCUGCAGGAGGCGCGCGUCACCGAGGCCGAGAGCAAGUUCUCCGAGCUCAACGGCCACGUGGAGAUCAUACGGCUGCAGGCCUCGCAGGCUGCCACACAGACGUCUGCAGACGCCAACUACGACUGCGCCUCGCUCUACAACAAGAACUACAAGAUCUCCGGGGAGUACAAGCUGCCCGCCGACAUGUUCCUGGGGACGCCGGAGCUGCAGGUGUACUGUGACAUGGAGACCAGCGGGGGGGGCUGGACCGUUAUCCAGCGGCGCAAGGUGGGCCUCACCUCCUUCGACCGCGACUGGAAGCAGUACAAGCGUGGCUUCGGCACCACCCGGGGUGACUUCUGGCUGGGCAAUGACAACAUCUUACGUCUGACCCAACAACCUACCGUGCUGCGCAUAGAGCUUGAGGACUGGGAGGGAGAGAAGCGCUACGCUGAGUACCAGCACUUCAGCCUGGGCAACGAGCUCAACAGCUACCGUCUCCUGCUGGCCAACUACAGCGGCACAGCGGGUCAGGACUCCAUGCGCUACCACAACAACACCAACUUCAGCACCAAAGACAAGGACAACGACAAGUGUGUGGACAAGUGUGCGGAGCUGCGCAAAGGGGGUUACUGGUACAACUGCUGCACGGACUCGAACCUCAACGGUGUGUACUACCGCUACGGCGAGCACACCAAGAGCACGGAUGGCAUCACCUGGUACGGCUGGCACGGACCCAACUACUCCCUCAAGCGGGUGGAGAUGAAAAUCCGACCCCAGAACUUCCAGUCGUAGGCGCUCGGCAGCGGCUCCGAUGUAUCCGGUCGACAGAGUUGCUCCUGCGAGGGUCCGGCGGACGCGCCCUUCUUCCUUAAAACGGCAUAACUCUCGGCAACGAUACCGUCUUAUUAGAACGGUCGCGGUCUUAUUUUCAACUGUAAACGGUAGUUGAAGUAUUUACCUGUUUUUUACAGCUUCCUUCUGUGUGUCCAUCGAGGAAGGGUUCGACCCCAGCGGGUCCACAUUGUGCUUGCUCACCCUGGGACCACCCACACGCACACACACACGCGCACGCACACUUUUCGGAAGGAACGAGGUAACCCGCGCUAUUAUUUAUGAGCUCCCCACUACAGAGCAGAGAACCCAAAGAGCCAGAGACCCAACAACCACAUGGCGCUCCUUCCUUCCACCACAGGAAGUAGACACACAAGUAGACCACAUGUUACUGCCAAGGCACACAGACACUUGAUAUUUUUGCCACCAAUGAAUCCUGUGUAAUUUGUAAAAUGUG